AUGCGCCCUAAUGGACUAACCAUUAGAACUAGGAAGAUACGCCCUAAUGGACUAACCAUUAGAACUAGGAAGAUACGCCCUAAUGGACUAACCAUUAGAACUAGGAAGAUACGCCCUAAUGGACUAACCAUUAGAACUAGGAAGAUACGCCCUAAUGGACUAACCAUUAGAACUAGGAAGAUACGUCCUAAUGGACUAACCAUUAGAACUAGGAAGAUACGCCCUAAUGGACUAACCAUUAGAACUAGGAAGAUACGCCCUAAUGGACUAACCAUUAGAACUAGGAAGAUACGCCCUAAUGGACUAACCAUUAGAACUAGGAAGAUACGCCCUAAUGGACUAACCAAGAGGAGAUGUCCUCUUGGACCGAGGGUGACACUGAUUUUAAGUAGCAGACAGGACUACAUCAUAACGUGAGCGUGAGUCCAACUCACCACCUCUACAAUUGGAAGAGACAGCAUUUAUUUGACCUCUUCCUCUACAAUGGAAAGAGACAGCAUUUAUUUGACCUCCUCCCUGAAUGAAGUUUAAAGAGUGGAGCAGCAUAUUACUUUGACUGUUUUAGCUAAUACCUUUGCUCCGAAGAGAGAGUUUGUGUUCCUUGACCUCUAACCCCUCCUAGAGUUCCUGCUUCUGGAGAAUGUGGUCCACCACUUCAGCUACCCGUGCAUCCUGGACCUGAAGAUGGGCACACGGCAGCACGGGGACGAUGCCUCGGAGGAGAAGGCUGCCAGGCAGAUGAAGAAGUGUGAACAGAGCACCUCCGCCACCCUGGGGGUGCGUGUCUGUGGGAUGCAGGUGAGGGCUGGUCCUACUUCUUGUUUCUUUAACAUUUGUUAAUAUUCAUGUUUUUCCAACUAAAUGCUUUUAGACAGCUGGUAGCAAGCACCCACAUUUUGUUCAGGAAACUGACCUUUUGUUCAACUUGAUUUCACAUGGAAAGUCCCAUUUGAGAUUAGGAGACCUCUUAUGCAAGAGGGAUACCAACCCAAGAAGAACUGUCAAGGAACAUUCAUGCUUCCGUAGCAUUAAAUGGAUGGAUUAUGCUUGAAAUAUGCAGUAUUUCUAAUAGCUUUCUUGACUUGUCUAUUCUGGAGCUUGAUGGAAGGAUCAGAUUGGAGAAGGAUGCUGAUGUUGUCUUGUCUCAGGACAGUAGCUGCUACUACGCCAUAGAUUCUUUACUUGCGUCUCUAUCUUUCUUCUGUUUCUCCUAACACCUGGGCUCAGACAAAAAGCCCACAGCAGUAACCGGAGCAGGACAGAAGGGAGGAUACUGAAUAUCCUAUCAAUUUACAAAUAACAAACAACUGGGAUACAAUAGAUACUUCAUUGUCCAUUCGGUUGGAACUAAAAUUCACCUUCCGCCUUUAUCCCAGACACACACACACACACACACGCACGUUUAGAAACAAAAUAUGAAUUACAGAGGGACCGAUGGCGUGACUGUCUGUCUGUUUACAAUGUAGAGCCUAUAACAGCAGAACAGAUGAGACAGACAAUAGCCACAGCAUUAAUCCUCCAUCCAGCUUCAAAAGGCCUUCUCUCCUCCUCCAUUUAUUCUGUGAUAAAUCAGAUAGAUGACUGCCCCACAUUCUAAUCUCUUUUAUUUCCCCUCUCUGUUAUCUGUCUGUUUUAAUGGUAGGAGGUCUAACCUCUCUGUUUUAAUGGUAGGGAGGUCUAACCUCUCUGUUUUAAUGGCAGGAGGUCUAACCUCUCUGUGUUAAUGGUAGGAGGUCUAACCUCUCUGUUUUAAUGGUAGGAGGUCUAACCUCUCUGUGUUAAUGGUAGGAGGUCUAACCUCUCUGUUUUAAUGGUAGGAGGUCUAACCUCUCUGUUUUAAUGGUAGGAGGUCUAACAUCUCUGUUUUAAUGGUAGGAGGUCUAACCUCUCUGUUUUAAUGGUAGGAGGUCUAACCUCUCUGUUUUAAUGGUAGGAGGUCUAACCUCUCUGUUUUAAUGGUAGGAGGUCUAACCUCUCUGUUUUAAUGGUAGGAGGUCUAACCUCUCUGUUUUAAUGGUAGGAGGUCUAACCUCUCUGUUUUAAUGGUAGAGGUCUAACCUCUAUGUUUUAAUGGUAGGAGGUCUAACCUCUCUGUGUUAAUGGUAGGAGGUCUAACCUCUAUGUUUUAAUGGUAGGAGGUCUAACCUCUAUGUUUUAAUGGUAGGAGGUCUAACCUCUAUGUUUUAAUGGUAGGAGGUCUAACCUCUCUGUUUUAAUGGUAGGAGGUCUAACCUCUCUGUUUUAAUGGUAGGAGGUCUAACCUCUAUGUUUUAAUGGUAGGAGGUCUAACCUCUCUGUUUUAAUGGUAGAGGGCUAACCUCUCUGUGUUAAUGGUAGGAGGUCUAACCUCUCUGUGUUAAUGGUAGGAGGUCUAACCUCUCUGUUUUAAUGGUAGGAGGUCUAACCUCUCUGUGUUAAUGGUAGGAGGUCUAACCUCUCUGUUUUAAUGGUAGGAGGUCUAACCUCUCUGUUUUAAUGGUAGGAGGUCUAACAUCUCUGUUUUAAUGGUAGGAGGUCUAACCUCUCUGUUUUAAUGGUAGGAGGUCUAACCUCUCUGUUUUAAUGGUAGGAGCUCUAACCUCUCUGUUUUAAUGGUAGGAGGUCUAACCUCUCUGUGUUAAUGGUAGGAGGUCUAACCUCUCUGUGUUAAUGGUAGAGGUCUAACCUCUCUGUGUUAAUGGUAGGAGGUCUAACCUCUCUGUUUUAAUGGUAGGAGGUCGAACCUCUCUGUUUUAAUGGUAGGAGGUCUAACCUCUCUGUGUUAAUGGUAGGAGGUCUAACCUCUCUGUGUUAAUGGUAGGAGGUCGAACCUCUCUGUGUUAAUGGUAGAGGUCUAACCUCUCUGUUUUAAUGGUAGAGGUCUAACCUCUCUGUUUUAAUGGUAGGAGGUCUAACCUCUCUGUGUUAAUGGUAGGAGGUCUAACCUCUCUGUUUUAAUGGUAGGAGGUCUAACCUCUCUGUUUUAAUGGUAGGAGGUCUAACCUCUCUGUUUUAAUGGUAGGAGGUCUAACCUCUCUGUGUUAAUGGUAGGAGGUCUAACCUCUCUGUUUAAUGGUAGGAGGUCUAACCUCUCUGUUUUAAUGGUAGGAGGUCUAACCUAUCUGUGUUAAUGGUAGGAGGUCUAACCUCUCUGUUUUAAUGGUAGGAGGUCUAACCUCUCUGUUUUAAUGGUAGGAGGUCUAACCUCUCUGUGUUAAUGGUAGGAGGUCUAACCUCUCUGUGUUAAUGGUAGGAGGUCUAACCUCUCUGUUUUAAUGGUAGGAGGUCUAACCUCUCUGUUUUAAUGGUAGGAGGUCUAACCUCUCUGUUUUAAUGGUAGGAGGUCUAACCUCUCUGUGUUAAUGGUAGGAGGUCUAACCUCUCUGUGUUAAUGGUAGGAGGUCUAACCUCUCUGUUUUAAUGGUAGGAGGUCUAACCUCUCUGUGUUAAUGGUAGAGGUCUAACCUCUCUGUUUUAAUGGUAGGAGGUCUAACCUCUCUGUUUUAAUGGUAGGAGGUCUAACCUCUCUGUUUUAAUGGUAGGAGGUCUAACCUCUCUGUGUUAAUGGUAGGAGGUCUAACCUCUCUGUUUUAAUGGUAGGAGGUCUAACCUCUCUGUUUUAAUGGUAGGAGGUCUAACCUCUCUGUGUUAAUGGUAGGAGGUCUAACCUCUCUGUUUUAAUGGUAGGAGGUCUAACCUCUCUGUUUUAUGGUAGGAGGUCUAAGCUCCGUGUCUUGGUCAAAAGUUUUGAGAAUGACACAAGUAUUGGUUUUCACAAAGUUUGCUGCUUCAGUGUUUUUAGAUAUUUUUGUCAGAUGUUACUAUGGUAUACUGAAGUAUAAUUACAAUCAUUUAAUCCUACUCUGAUGCAUUCAGCCUACAACAAAAUCGCCCGCGCACACGCACAGUUUAGAGGGAGCAUUGGUCCAGGUGUUCUCUCUGUUCUCUCUGUGGUUCUACUGUCCAGGUGUGAUCUCUGUGGUUCUAUGGUCCAGGUGUGAUCUCUGUGGUUCUAUGGUCCAGGUGUGAUCUCUGUGGUUCUAUGGUCCAGGUGUGAUCUCUGUGGUUCUAUGGUCCAGGUGUAACCUCUGUUCUCCCUGUGGUUCUAUGGUCCAGGUGUAAUCUCUGUGGUUCUAUGGUCCAGGUGUGAUCUCUGUGGUUCUAUGGUCCAGGUGUGAUCUCUGUGGUUCUAUGGUCCAGGUGUGAUCUAUGUGGUUCUAUGGUCCAGGUGUGAUCUCUGUGGUUCUAUGCUUCCAGGUGUAACCUCUGUUCUCUCUGUGGUUCUAUGCUUCCAGGUGUAACCUCCGUUCUCUCUGUGGUUCUAUGCUUCCAGGUGUAACCUCUGUUCUCUCUGUGGUUCUAUGCUUCCAGGUGUAACCUCUGUUCUCUCUGUGGUUCUAUGCUUCCAGGUGUAACCUCUGUUCUCUCUGUGGUUCUAUGCUUCCAGGUGUAACCUCUGUUCUCUCUGUGGUUCUAUGCUUCCAGGUGUAACCUCUGUUUCUCUGUGGUUCUAUGCUUCCAGGUGUAAUCCUCUUCUGUGGUUCUAUGCUCCAGGUGUAACCUGGUCUCUCUGUGGUUCUAUGCUUCCAGGUGUAACCUCUGUUCUCUCUGUGGUUCUAUGCUUCCAGGUGUAACCUCUGUUCUCUCUGUGGUUCUAUGCUUCCAGGUGUAACCUCUGUUCUCUCUGUGGUUCUAUGCUUCCAGGGUGUAACCUCUGUUCUCUCUGUGGUUCUAUGCUUCCAGGUGUAACCUCUGUUCUCUCUGUGGGUCUAUGCUUCCAGGUGUAACCUAUUUUCCUCUGUGGUUCUAUGCUUCCAGGUGUAACCUCUGUUCUCUCUGUGGUUCUAUGCUUCCAGGUGUAACCUCUUUUCUCUGUGGUUCUAUGCUUCCAGGUGUAACCUCUGUUCUCUCUGUGGUUCUAUGCUUCCAGGUGUAACCUCUUUUCUCUGUGGUUCUAUGCUUCCAGGUGUAACCUCUGUUCUCUCUGUGGUUCUAUGCUUCCAGGUGUAACCUCUGUUCUCUCUGUGGGUCUAUGCUUCCAGGUGUAACCUCUUUUCUCUGUGGUUCUAUGCUUCCAGGUGUAACCUCUGUUCUCUCUGUGGUUCUAUGCUUCCAGGUGUAACCUCUGUUCUCUCUGUGGUUCUAUGCUUCCAGGUGUAACCUCUGUUCUCUCUGUGGUUCUAUGCUUCCAGGUGUAACCUCUGUUCUCUCUGUGGUUCUAUGCUUCCAGGUGUAACCUCUGUUCUCUCUGUGGGUCUAUGCUUCCAGGUGUAACCUAUUUUCUCUGUGGUUCUAUGCUUCCAGGUGUAACCUCUGUUCUCUCUGUGGUUCUAUGCUUCCAGGUGUAACCUCUUUUCUCUGUGGUUCUAUGCUUCCAGGUGUAACCUCUGUUCUCUCUGUGGUUCUAUGCUUCCAGGUGUAACCUCUUUUCUCUGUGGUUCUAUGCUUCCAGGUGUAACCUCUGUUCUCUCUGUGGUUCUAUGCUUCCAGGUGUAACCUCUGUUCUCUCUGUGGGUCUAUGCUUCCAGGUGUAACCUCUUUUCUCUGUGGUUCUAUGCUUCCAGGUGUAACCUCUGUUCUCUCUGUGGUUCUAUGCUUCCAGGUGUAACCUCUGUUCUCUCUGUGGUUCUAUGCUUCCAGGUGUAACCUCUUUUCUCUGUGGUUCUAUGCUUCCAGGUGUACCAGAUGGACACGGGCCACUAUCUGUGCAGGAAUAAGUACUACGGCCGCAGCCUGUCCAUCGAGGGCUUCCGUCACGCUCUCCACCAGUUCAUGCACAACGGGGCGUCGCUCAGGAAGGACCUGUUUGAGCCCAUGCUGUGUAAGCUACGCAGCCUGAAGGCCGUUCUGGAGAGACAGACCACCUACCGUUUCUACUCCUCCUCCCUGCUCAUCAUCUAUGAGGGGAAGGAGCCUGAGAUGGCCCACGCCUGGCAGAAAGCAUCACCGCCUGCACCACAGCCAGCCGCUGAGAUGCCCUCAGAGAAGGAGGAGGCAGUGGCCGUCAACCCAGGAGUAGGAAUGGGUGUCCAGGGACCGGGGUUAAUAGUGGGGCUCCAAGGAGUCCAGGGACCGACCGAAGUACCGAAGCUCCAGCUCCUCCCACCACACUGUCCCCCCACCCCUGUCUCAACCCCCACCCCUCCACAGCCACAGCAGCCUCCCCAGGCCCUUUGUCUCCCGCCCUCAGACCCUCACGGCCCCACUCCUCCUCCACCCCGAACCUCCGGCCCUAGCGUCAGUGUGGACGUCCGCAUGAUAGACUUCGCCCACAGCACCUUCAAAGGUUUCCGCGACGACCAGACAGUGCACGACGGGCCGGAUCGGGGCUACGUGUUUGGACUGGAGAGCCUCAUCAAGAUCCUGGAGGGCCUCAGGGAGGAGAACCUGUAGCAGCCGAACCUGGGACUGACACGUUGGUCUGCGUCUCAAAUGGUAUCCCCAAUUCCCUAUAUAUAGUGCACUACUUUUGACCAGGGCCCUCAGGGCUCAUUGACCAGGGCUCAGGUCAAAAUAAGUGCACUACUGUAGGGAAUAGGGUGCCGUUUGGGAUGCACCGAUGACCAUCCUUCAGGAGACGAGAACCUUUAGCUGUAACAUGUAACUGACACAUCUUCAUCCUCCGUCUUCACCCUCCUCAUCCUCCUCACCCUCCUCAUCCUCCUCCUCUCCCGAAGUGCUACCACUCUAUCCUUGAUGAUUAUAUUUGGAGAAAACAGGAAACAAAAGUGAGAGAGGUUUUGGAGAAAGAAAGAAAAGCACAUUGAUAUUAUGUAAUAAGAAGAACCUGAGAGAUGGAAUCUCUAAGCUACUAUCUGACUGUAAAGGUUAAAGGUCGUGAACUUAAGACUGUAAAGGUCACUCUCCUCUCUUGACUGUUGUGCUUCUCUUAGAGUAGACACAUGAGAAACGUACAUCUACAGUCCUGUUAUAUGCUCUCCUCCUUCUGGACAGAGAUGGCUGCCAUUCCUCUGAAGGAAAAACAUAGAGGGGCAAUGUCUGUUUGCCUUGUGGGUUUGUCGCCACUGUGUGGCCAGCUGAAGUAUUGCAUUGAAGAAAGACAGGAUGAGGUCAGGGUUCGGUUUGAAAGUAAAGCAGCUCAGGGCAAGUCCAGGGCCCUGGCUUUGUCCCAAAUGGCACCCUAUUCCCUAUAUAGUGCACUACUUUUGACCAGGGCCCACAGGGAAACACAAAAGGCUUUGGUCAAAAGUAGUGCACUAAAUAGGGAAUAGAAUGCCCUUUGGGAUGCAUGGCCUGUCUCCGCUGUGGGACUGGAACAGGGAAGAGGUAUCUGUCUAUCUGUGUGUGUUGAGGAUUGGUGGGGACGGAUUGGGGGGGUUGGGCUAGGAUGGGGGGGGGGGGGGUCUUAGGGAAAGGGACUUAGCUAAGUCCCUUACAGCAGUAUUCCUAUCAGGGGUUAAAUAGAAGAGCAGCUUUCUUACAGGCUGUUGUUGGUGAUGAGAGCUUUACUGUAAACGAAAGAAGGGAUCUGAAGGGUUAAUACUUGGCUCUACCUCUGGAUAAAAUAAAUACAACCCAGGGUAUGGCUGAAGUGGCACCCUAUUCCCUAUGUAGUGUGCUACUUUUGACCAGAGCCCUAUUGGACCUAUAUAGGGGAUAGGGUGCUAUUUGGGACGCCUUCAGGCUGAAAUACCACACAGCUCUGUCUGUCUGUCUGUCUGUCUGUCUGUCUGUCUGUCUGUCUGUCUGUCUGUCUGUCUGUCCACGGUCAUCUAAUUUAUAAACAGGUCAGUUUUAUUGUGUUGCUUUUUUAUAUUUAUUAUCUCUCUUAUUCAGUUCCAGUUUGAGUAACCGACCGUUUCAUAGUAUUAUUAUUUUAAUAUUUCCUUUGCUUAUUUUCUUCUUGGUCUUGGUCCCUCCCUCCCUCUGGCAGAGUCUGGUAUUUAGGUCCAUCCCAGCCCAGGUAUGUCAUCCUUUAGUCCAGGUAUGUUAUCCUUUAGUCCAGGUAUGUUAUCCUUUAGUCCAGGUAUGUUAUCCUUUAGUCCAGGUAUGUUAUCCUUUAGUCCAGGUACAGUGAGGGAAAAAAGUAUUUGAUCCCCUGCUGAUUUUGUACGUUUGCCCACUGACAAAGAAAUGAUCAGUCUAUAAUUUUAAUGGUAGGUUUAUUUGAACAGUGAGAGACAGAAUAACAACAACAAAAUCCUGAAACACGCAUGUCAAAAAUGUUAGAAAUGUAUUUGCAUUUUAAUGAGGGAAAUAAGUAUUUGACCCCCUCUCAAUCAGAAAGAUUUCUGGCUCCCAGGUGUCUUUUUAUAAAAGGUAAAGAGCUGAGAUUAGGAGCACACUCUUAAAGGGAGUGCUCCUAAUCUCAGCUUGUUACCUGUAUAAAAGACACCUGUCCACAGAAGCAAUCAAUCAAUCAGAUUCCAAACUCUCCACCAUGGCCAAGACCAAAGAGCUCUCCAAGGAUGUCAGGGACAAGAUUGUAGACCUACACAAGGCUGGAAUGGGCUACAAGACCAUCGCCAAGCAGCUUGGUGAGAAGGUGACAACAGUUGAUGCGAUUAUUCGCAAAUGGAAGAAACACAAAAUAACUGUCAAUCUCCCUCGGCCUGGGGCUCCAUGCACGAUCUCACCUCGUGGAGUUGCAAUGAUCAUGAGAACGGCAAGGAAUCAGCCCAGAACUACACGGGAGGAUCUUGUCAAUGAUCUCAAGGCAGCUGGGACCAUAGUCACCAAGAAAACAAUUGGUAACACACUACGCCGUGAAGGACUGAAAUCCUGCAGCGCCCGCAAGGUCCCCCUGCUCAAGAAAGCACAUAUACAGGCCCGUCUGAAGUUUGCCAAUGAACAUCUGAAUGAUUCAGAGGAGAACUGGGUUAAAGUGUUGUGGUCAGAUGAGACCAAAAUCGAGCUCUUUGGCAUCAACUCAACUCGCCGUGUUUGGAGGAGGAGGAAUGCUGCCUAUGACCCCAAGAACACCAUCCCCACCGUCAAACAUGGAGGUGGAAACAUUAAGCUUUGGGGGUGUUUUUCUACUAAGAGGACAGGACAACUUCACCGCAUCAAAGGGACGAUGGACGGGGCCAUGUACCGUCAAAUCUUGGGUGAGAACCUCCUUCCCUCAGCCAGGGCAUUGAAAACGGGUUGUGGAUGGAUAUUCCAGCAUGACAAUGACCCAAAACACACAGUGGAGUGGCUCAAGAAGAAGCACAUUAAGGUCCUGGAGUGGCCUAGCCAGUCUCCAGACCUUAAUCCCAUAACAAAUCUGUGGAGGGAGCUGAAGGUUCGAGUUGCCAAACGUCAGCCUCGAAACCUUAAUGACUUGGAGAAGAUCUGCAAAGAAGAGUGGGACAAAAUCCCUCCUGAGAUGUGUGCAAACCAGGUGGCCAACUACAAGAAACGUCUGACCUCUGUGAUUGCCAACAAGGGUUUUGCCACCAAGUACUAAGUCAUGUUUUGCAGAGGGGUCAAAUACUUAUUUCCCUCAUUAAAAUGCAAAUCAAUUUAUAACAUUUUUGACAUGCGUUUUUCUGGAUUUUUGUUGUUGUUAUUCUGUCUCUCACUGUUCAAAUAAACCUACCAUUAAAAUUAUAGACUGAUCAUGUCUUUGUCAGUGGGCAAACGUACAAAAUCAGCAGGGGAUCCAGGUAUGUCAUCCUUUAGUCCAGGUAUGUCAUCCUUUAGUCCAGGUAUGUCAUCCUUUAGUCCAGGUAUGUCAUCCUUUAGUCCAGGUAUGUCAUCAUUUAGUCCAGGUAUGUCAUCCUUUAGUCCAGAUAUGUCAUCCUUUAGUCCUGGUAUGUCAUCCUUUAGUCCAGAUAUGUCAUCCUUUAGUCCAGGUAUGUCAUCCUUUAGUCCAGGUUCUUUAAAGACCCUCCCUCCCUGUGUUACAAACGUUCUCUCAUUUUAUGAUCCUGAAAAGAUCAAAUAUGUCUUUCCUUUUUAAUUUGCACUGUAGAAGGUGUAUUGAAAGCAUUAUUUUUUUUAUAGUACUUCUUCUUUUCUUCACGUCAAGGGGCGGACUACUCGCCAGACCUGGGUUCAAAUAGUAUUUGAAAUCAUUUCAGACACUUUUAGCAGGGCUUGAUUGAGCUUGCCUGGCAAAAUUGAACAAAUAGAAUAGUCACAAAACUGCCAAUCCCCCCCAUGAUCUGGAACCCUGAUCUGGAACCCUGAUCUGGAACUCUGAUCUGGAACUCUGAUCUGGAACCCUGAUCUGGAACUCUGAUCUGGAACCCUGAUCUGGAACCCCAGGCAGGCUGAAGUAAACGCUCAAAGCAUUUGAAAGAUUUAGAAUACUAUUUGAACCCAGGCUACUCUAUCUCACCACCGAUACACAGUGAACCCUUGUCCUCCAUCUUAGCACAUUAGUAGAGACUCCUCCUCCUCCACCACCGCUCUCUCUCCCCCCCUCUCCUUCUCUUCCUCUCCUGUGUCCUCCCUCUGUCCCCCAGCCCGCUCACCAUGGAGGGAGAGUCAGUCCCCGCAGCCCGCUCACCAUGGAGGGAGAGUCAGUCCCCCAGCCCAUGGAGGGAGAGUCAGUCCCCCAGCCCCCUCACCAUGGAGGGAGAGUCAGUCCCCCAGCCCAUGGAGGGAGAGUCAGUCCCCCAGCCCAUGGAGGGAGAGUCAGUCUCCCAGCCCCCUCACCAUGGAGGGAGAGUCAGUCCCCCAGCCCCCUCACCAUGGAGGGAGAGUCAGUCUCCCAGCCCGCUCACCAUGGAGGGAGAGUCAGUCUCCCAGCCCGCUCACCAUGGAGGGAGAGUCAGUCCCCCAGCCCCCUCACCAUGGAGGGAGAGUCAGUCCCCCAGCCCAUGGAGGGAGAGUCAGUCCCCCAGCCCAUGGAGGGAGAGUCAGUCUCCCAGCCCCCUCACCAUGGAGGGAGAGUCAGUCCCCCAGCCCAUGGAGGGAGAGUCAGUCCCCCAGCCCAUGGAGGGAGAGUCAGUCCCCCAGCCCAUGGAGGGAGAGUCAGUCUCCCAGCCCCCUCACCAUGGAGGGAGA